AUGCGAUAUCGUCCCAGUGCUUUUGAUGAGCAGGAUGGUCUUACCUUUAUGGAUGAUGAAAAACUGUCAGAUGGCCGGUUUGAGAUGUUAGUUUGUAUGCGUACAUCCAAACUUCCUAUAAGGGUUGAUAACAAACUUUGGCUGGAGCCCUAUCACCCAAAUAGAUUCGCUCGCCAAUUUGGCUUUGAUCAAGGUGUUCCUUCUGAUAAACUUAGCUUUGGUAUCUCCAAGAGAAGUCAUUGUAAUGUUGAGGAUUUGUUCAAAGCUCAAACUUCACUUCUAAGGAAAACACUUCAGUGCUUUUCUUCAUCCCGCGUUCUACUCGUAUGGGGCAAUGUACGUACUGGUACUGCCGGUGGUGGAUGGGUUAUACUGCAUCAUACUUGGGAAGUUUCCACUGGCUUACCAAAGGAAGUCUUGAUUUCUGAGGUGGAAGCAAGAAACUCAUCCAUUAGUGUGAAUCGACAAACCGAAAUUUCCCGUCCUGGGAAGAGGCGGAAGGAAAGGGCAGGUAGAAAAAAUGAAGCCACUUUCUCGUCAUCUGGAAGCAGUCAAGAUGUAAAUUUUAAGCGGAUUCGUUAUCCAAAAUCCGAUGGUUCUUUGAGCAUAGGUCCUGAGAGAGCCAAGGCUACAAAAGAUGUGGUUCCUGACAACUCCAACUUUGAAGCAAAUUCAGACUUACUGAGUCCUCCAAAUGACAAUUCUAUGGCACAAGAAUUGGCUAGGUCUCCACCUUGUGGUGUUAACGUCAUUUCCCCAUUAGCUAAUGACAUGUCGUCAUUGGAAGACUGCAAAAAAUCAAUCUUUGAUAUUUUUGGCUCAGAGGCGAAGAAUUUCAGGCAUGUAUAUAUUAUUGGUGAAGUGCAAGGCAUUUUUGAUAAACUUCAUUCUUCUAAGUCGUCUGAAGAGAUACUUGCUCAUCAUGAAGGAAUGAAGUCAGUGUUCAAUGUCUUGCGGUCAAUGAUGGACAUUCUUGAUUUUGGCAAAACUGAGCUUGAAUGGUUUAUUAACACAAUUGACCAAAUUUUCUGCCGUGCUUUGCAAAUUUUGAGAACGCCAGAAUUGUUGAACAAGGUACUCGGGCUCGCGAUCUCAUUCGUCGUCAUGAUGAUUGUCUAA